AUGGCGCAGCACCUGGCCGCCCUGUUCGGGCUCCUAGCUGUCGCGGGGUUGUGCUUGCUUGGCUCCAACACGGCACGAGCCCAGGUCCUGUUCCAGGGGUUCAACUGGGAGUCCUGCAAGAAGCAAGGCGGCUGGUACAGGUUUCUCCAGGCACGGGUGGACGACAUCGCCAAUGCCGGCGCCACCCACGUCUGGCUGCCGCCGCCAUCGCACUCCGUCUCGCCGCAAGGCUACAUGCCGGGGCGGCUCUACGACCUGAACGCGUCGAGGUACGGCACCGAGGCGGAGCUGCGGUCGCUGAUCGCGGCGUUCCGGGGCAAGGGCAUCGAGGCCGUGGCGGACAUCGUCAUCAACCACCGGUGCGCCGACAAGAAGGACGGCCGCGGCGUGUACUGCAUCUUCGAGGGCGGCGCCGGCUUCGACGGCGGGGGGCGGCUCAACUGGGACGCCGACAUGAUCUGCAGCGACGACACGCAGUUCUCCAACGGGCGGGGCAACCGCGACACGGGCAAGGACUUCGGCGCCGCGCCGGACAUCGACCACCUCAACCAGCGCGUGCAGCGGGAGCUCUCGGACUGGCUCAACUGGCUCAGCGCCGACGUCGGCUUCACCGGCUGGCGGCUCGACUUCGCCAAGGGCUACUCCGCGGCCGUCGCCAAGGCGUACGUCGACCGGACCCGGCCGAGCUUCGUGGUCGCGGAGAUAUGGAGCUCCCUCAGCUACGACGGCGACGGCAAGCCGAAGCACAACCAGGACGGGGACCGACAGGAGCUGGUGGACUGGGCGAACUCCGUGGGCGGUCCCGCCGCCGCGUUCGACUUCACCACCAAGGGCGUGCUGCAGGCGGCAGUGCAGGGGGAGCUGUGGCGGAUGCGCGACGGCAACGGCAAGGCGCCCGGCAUGAUCGGCUGGCUGCCCGAGAAGGCCGUCACGUUCAUCGACAACCACGACACGGGCUCGACACAGAACUCGUGGCCGUUCCCCCGUGACAAGGUCAUGCAGGGCUACGCCUACAUCCUCACCCACCCAGGGAUCCCGUCCAUCUUCUACGACCACAUGUUCGACUGGAAUCUGAAGCAGGAGAUAUCCACGCUGUCUGCCAUCCGGGCGCGGAACGGCAUCCACGCCGCGAGCAAGCUGCGGAUCCUCGUCGCGGACGCCGACGCGUACGUGGCCGUCGUCGACGAGAAGGUCAUGGUGAAGAUCGGGACAAGGUACGACGUGAGCAACGUGAUCCCGUCGGAUAUCCACCCCGCGGCACACGGCAAGGACUACUGCGUCUGGGAGAAGGGGAGCCUCCGCGUCCCGGCUGGGCGGCGGCACCUUUAG